AUGAAGAUGCCGGCAUUUCUGAAGUAUAUUGAUAUGGAAAACUUUAAAUCGUACCGGGGACAUCAUCGAAUAGGUCCCCUGAAGUCCUUCACAGCUGUCGUUGGCCCCAAUGGUUCAGGAAAAUCAAACUUCAUGGAUGCAGUGAGUUUUGUAAUGGGUGAAAAGACAUCUCUGCUACGUGUUAAGAGACUAAGCGACCUCAUUCAUGGGGCAUCUAUAAACAAACCAGUGUCACGCAAUGCCUCAGUUACUGCAACAUUUAUAUUGGAAGAUAUGACAGAGAAGCAGUUUCAAAGAUCUGUUGUAGGCCAGUCUUCUGAACAUAGGAUUGAUGGACAGUCUGUAUCAAUAAGCAAUUACUUAGCGGAGUUGGAGAAACUCGGAAUCAACGUGAAAGCGAAGAACUUUCUUGUGUUCCAAGGGGCCGUUGAAAGUAUCGCCAUGAAGAAUCCAAAAGAGAGGACUGCUCUCUUCGAGGAAAUCAGUGGCUCGGGCGUGCUGAAAGAACAAUAUGAAGCAGCACGUGCAGAGGUGAACCGUGCCGACGAAGAAGCCCAGUUCUCGUACCAGAAGAAGAGGGGUGUCGCUGCAGAACGCAAAGAAGCCAAGUUCGAGAAGGAGGAAGCAGAGAAAUACACUCGUUUAAAGCAGGAGCUGCAAGACCAAAAAGUGGAACUGCAACUGUUCCACCUGUACCAUAACGAGAAAGAAAUACAAAAUUGCGAGGAGGAGCUGCAGCACAAGCAGACGGAAUUGAUAAAGGUAGAGAAGAAGAGACAGAAAGCGGAAGAGGCGUUGAAGGAGAAGAAAAAGGAGGCGGGAACCGUUCAGCGGGAGCUCGCGAAGAUCGAGCAAGAGAUCAGGGAAGUGGAAGCGGAGAUAUCGAAAAAGCGACCCACGUUCAUCAAGGCGAAGGAGCGCGUCACUCACACACAGAAGAAGCUGGAGAGUGCCGUGAAGACGUUGGAGCAGGCGCGGAAGGCGCACGAAGCGCAUCAGGCAGAUAUCCGCAAGCUGGAGGAGGAGCUGCGCCAGGUGGAGGAGCAGAAGGCCGCCUGGGAGCGGACGGCCGUGGGGGCCGCCAGCGCGGGCAGGGCCGACGUGCAUCUGGAGGAGGCGCAGAUACGCGAAUACGAAGAGUUGAAAAUGGAAGCGUCUCGUCAGGCGGCGAGAUAUCUGCAAGAGCUGGACUCGGUGAACAGGGAACAGAAGGCGGACCAGGACCGGCUCGACAACGAGAUGCGGCGCAAAGGCGAGCUCGAGAACAAACAUCGACAGAAGGGCCACGAGCGCAACGAGGCGAUGAAACGAGUAGAGAAACUGAACGAGCACAUCAAGAGCUCCGAGCAGGCGCUCGAGGAGCAACGCCGGCUGCGGGCCGAGUUGCAGGCGGACGUGGGCGAGUGCCGCGGGCGGGCCGCGUCGCUGCAGACGCAGCUGGAGGAGGUGGCGGCGCAGCUGGGGGACGCGCGCGUGGACAAGCACGAGGAGGCGCGCCGCCGCAAGAAGCAGGAGAUCGUCGAGAGCUUCAAGCGGGACAUACCCGGCGUGUACGACCGCAUGAUCAACAUGUGCCAGCCGACCCACAAGCGGUACAACGUGGCCAUCACCAAGGUCCUCGGCAAGUACAUGGAGGCGAUCGUGGUGGACACGGAGAAGACCGCGCGCCGCUGCAUCCAGGUGCUGAAGGAGCGCAUGCUGGAGCCCGAGACCUUCCUGCCGCUCGACUACAUACAGGCGAAACCGCUGCGGGAGAGACUCAGGGACAUCAAGGAGCCGCGCAACGUGAAGCUGCUGUUCGACGUGCUGCGGUUCGAGCCGCCCGCCAUCCACCGCGCCGUGCUGUUCGUCACCAACAACGCGCUCGUCUGCGAGACGCCCGAGGACGCCUCGCGCGUCGCGUACGACCUCGACCGCAACAAGAACAGCCGAUACGACGCCUUGGCGCUGGACGGCACGUUCUAUCAGAAGUCUGGUAUUAUAUCUGGUGGUUCCCUAGAUCUGGCUCGUAAAGCCAAGCGAUGGGACGAGAAACACCUCUCCCAACUGAAAGCUAAGAAGGAGAAGUUAACGGAGGAGUUGCGCGAGUCGAUGAAGAAGUCCCGCAAGGAGUCGGAGCUGACCACCGUGGACUCGCAGAUACGCGGCCUCGAGUCGCGGCUCAAGUACGCCGUCACAGACAGAGAUACCACGCUGAAGCAAAUCAAAGCAUUAGACGCAGAGCUCGCUGAACUCGAGAGGAAGAUCGAAAUGUUUGGACCCCAGAUAGAAGAGAUCGAGCGCACGAUCCGCGCCCGCGACGCCAAGAUCCAGGAGGUGAAGGAGAACAUGAACAACGUGGAGGACGUCGUGUUCAGGGGCUUCUGCAGGGACAUCGGCGUCGCCAACAUACGUCAGUACGAGGAGCGCGAGUUGCGCGCGCAGCAGGAGCGCGCCAAGAAGCGUAUGGAGUUCGAGGCGCAGAUCGACCGCAUCGCGUCCAACCUCGAGUUCGAGCGGUCGCGCGACACGCAGAAGAACGUGACGCGGUGGGAGCGCACCGUGCAGGACGGGGAGGACGAGCUGGAGGCGGGGCGCCAGGCGGAGCUGAAGCAGCGCCAGGAGAUAGACCGGGAGCUGCGCCACGCGGACGAGCUCAAGGCGCAGCGCUCCGCCGCGCGCGCCGCCGCCGCCGCGCACGAACAGGACCUCGAGAAGGCGCGCAAGGAGGUGUCCAGCAUACAGAAGGAGGUGGCGGCCGUACAGAAGCAGAUCGCGUCCAUCGAGGCGAGGAUAGAGAGCAAGCGGAGUGACAGGCACAACAUACUGCGCCAGUGCAAGAUCGACGAUAUUAUGGUGCCGUUGUUGGAGGGUAGUUUGGACGACACAGCGGAGGGGGAGUCGGAACACUCCUCACUCACCUCCUCGCAGCAGCGCAGCAGAGACUCCAGGAUCCGCGUCGACUACCGGUCCCUGAGCGAGGCGCUGAAGGAUCUAGAGGAGCCCGACGAGAUCAAACGUAAAGCUGACAAACUGCAGAAGGCCAUCAACAGUCUGCAGAACACCGUCGACAAGAUACAGGCGCCCAACAUGAGGGCGAUGCAGAAACUGAACGAGGUCCGCGAGAAAGUGAACGCUACGAACGAGGCGUUUGUGGCCGCGCGCAAGCGGGCGCACAAAGCUAAACUGGCCUUCGAGAAGGUAAAGAAAGAGAGGCACGACAAGUUCAUAGACUGCUUCGAGCACGUGGCCAACGAGAUAGAUGCCAUUUACAAAGCGCUGGCCAUGAACCAGUCGGCGCAGGCGUUCCUGGGCCCCGAGAACCCCGAGGAGCCGUACCUGGACGGCAUCAACUACAACUGCGUGGCGCCCGGCAAGCGGUUCCAGCCCAUGUCCAACCUCUCCGGCGGGGAGAAGACCGUCGCUGCCCUGGCGCUGCUAUUCGCCAUACACAGUUACCAGCCGGCUCCGUUCUUCCUGUUGGACGAGAUCGACGCUGCGUUAGACAACACGAACAUCGGCAAAGUGGCCUCGUACAUCCGCUCGAAGCGCGGCUCGCUGCAGACCAUCGUCAUCUCGCUUAAGGAAGAGUUUUACGGAUGCUCGGACGCACUGGUCGGCAUAUGCUCAGAGCCGGCAGACUGUCUCGUGAGUGACGUCAUAACCCUCAGCCUAGAAGAUUACGAUGAUUAA